AUGGAACAAAAUUCCAAACCAUCCAAAACGGGCGUAGCUCGCGAGAGUGUCGUCGAGACAAUGAUAAAUACUAUGUUGAAUCGCGAUUACGAAGCCGUACGCCACCUCUGCUCUCCGGAUUUCCAGGCAAUUUAUUCCCCUCCCGACCAGGGACAUUCGACUGUCCUGACGCGCGAAGAAUGGCUAAAGGCCAUCGAAGAUUUUCUGAAGCGGUACCCGAAGUCCGUGGACAGGAUUCUGGACAUCGAUAUCGUGCGCCGGAAUAACAAGGGCGAUGUCAACGUCCACACGGAGACGCGGCUCACGCCUGACGGUCCUUUCAAGGAGAAUACUAAUUUGAUGGAAUUCAGGAGGGUACCGCUGGAGGAAGGGCGCUCGGUGUGGCAGGCCGUGAAAUAUCAAGAAGUGCGUGGGAUGGCCGGGCCUGCUUUGAUAGGCGGUGGCCGUCCGAUCAACACAACAGUUAGCAGCUGA